CGCAGGUCCCGCCCGUGCUCUCGCGAGAGCUGGGAGGCGGAUAAUGGCGUCGAAGUAAGCGCGAGCUCGCGGCUGCCCAGGAAGUCGCCGCAGCCACAGCCGGAGCCGCAGGAGCUGCGGGAACAAAAGGCCUAGCCGGGUCAAGGAUGGAACACUUCCCGCCUAGCUGCCUGCCUCCCUGGAUGGAGGAAGAACCCUCCGUGCCCAGCCCGGACAUGCUGAUCAGUGCAGAGCCCAGCUCCAGUGAGACCCAGAAGGAAGUGUCCCCAGGCGUGGUUGCUGCAGCCACCUCCUUCUCCUUGGCGGAGGCGGCAGGGCCUGACCAGACAGCCACACCCCCAUUGUGGGAUCGCGGAGGGUCUGGCGGGGCCCAGCAGGGCGCCUCCUCAGCCCCAGGCGCGGGCCAGCCUGGCCCUGGAUCUAGCCUUGGCCCAACCAGCGCAGUCUCUGGGACCAGUGAGGACCUGCGGCCUCCCAGGCGACGCCCACCACCAGGAAAGCAGAUACCCUGCUCCAGCCUUGGCUGCUGCCUCAGUUUCCCCAGCGUUCGUGACUUGGCACAGCAUCUGCGUACCCACUGCCCACCCACACAGUCCCUGGAAGGCAAGCUCUUCCGCUGCUCCGCCCUGAACUGCACCGAGACCUUCCCCAGCAUGCAGGAGCUGGUGGCACACGGCAAGCUGCACUACAAACCCAAUCGCUACUUCAAGUGUGAGAACUGCCUCUUGCGCUUCCGCACGCACCGCUCGCUCUUCAAGCAUCUGCAUGUUUGCGCUGAGCAUGCGCAGAGCCCAGCCCCACCGCCAGCCCCUGCCCUCGACAAGGAGCCCUCCGCGCUCGAGCGCCCCACGGAAUCUGACUCUGCGUCGGCGACAGGCUGGCAGCACCCGCUCGAGCCCUACGCGACCCCCGCCCCUGCCCCCAGUGGGCCCUUUCGGCCCUACCUGAACCCCGCGUCCUUUGGCCUAAAUCCCACGCGCCUGCGCCCCUUCCUGGCUGCCGCUCCUGGGCUGCCGGCCUCCAGCGCCGCUGUCUGGAAAAAGAGCCAAGGUGCCGGUGGCAGUCCUCGAAGACCCCAGGGCGGCUCCGACGCGCCCUCAGGGCACAUUUUGUGGGAGCACACGCGUGGUCGCUACUCGUGCAUGCAGUGCACCUUCUCCACAGCCUCGCGGCCCGCCAUGACCCUUCACCUGGAGGACCACCGCUCCAUUGCCCCCGGGCAGCCACGCCCCGAGUGCCCGGUGGGUAAGGCCCUGGAGCACCAGGGUGGGGAGGAUGGAGGCCCCAGAGGCGAGGGGCGGGGCUGAGGCUCAGACACCUCCGCCUCUGCCCCACCUAGACCUGGCUCCGCUUGCACCCAAGGUGUGCUCGCUGCUGCUAUCAAAGGGAAAGUGUAGUUUUCUUGCUGCUCUGAAUGCCGCAUAGAGUGGGUCAUGAGAUGGGGGUAGUUUUGUAAUUUUACUGGGGCCUGAAAUGGAUUGGGAGAGGAAAUAAUAAAAGAGGCGCGAUGAA